CCCAACCCUCUUUACCUUGGACAUGUCUAGACAGCGCCGGCUUAUUGCAAGCCUAACAUGACCGCUGCUGUGAGGGCCUGAUCGUGUGGGCGGGGGCAAGGCUGUGUAGGAGUCUGUAAUCGUCCUAAUGUGCACGGUGCCCAAUCAAAGCUCGCAAGGCUGGCGGUGCCUUCCUUCUCCGCCGUUUUGUCCUGAAAUUGCUUCCCCUCCGGUUCAGACAGAUCUCUCUCUUGUUGAGGCGGUCCUAAGCGCUUUAUGUCGCAGCGAUUUGCGACCGACGACGGGCGAGUCAUUAUUGAAUUCCUCUGCGAUACAAACCGAAGCCAUUGCGACGAGCAUUAGCCGCAUCCUCUUAAAGGGUUAGGCGUCGUACUUCAAACUGCAAAACAGAGUUCGGUGCAUUCAUCUUUGUUCGACAGGAUGGCUGAGACGGCGGCACAACCUUUGCCGAGGCUUCUCCCCGCGACCGGGAUGACGGUUCUUUUCGAGCCACACGAGCCGCAUCUUGACAUUGUCUUCAUACACGGAUUUACCGGCCAUCCCGAACGCACAUGGACUUCCAAGAAGGCAAAUGCCGGACGCUACGGCGAUAGCCCGGCUGCUGGCGAAUCCUCGGAACCCCCUUCCAAAUAUCGGAGACUCAACCCAUUUCCUGCGUCCCGUCACGAGAGAGGUGUCUACUGGCCACGCGAUUUGGUCCCAAUAACGGUCCCCUACGCACGAAUCUUCACAUACGGCUACAACACGCAUAUCGGAUAUCCGGGUGGGCCUCCUAUGCUCAGCAACACAGUCUCGGGUAUCGCUCAGGAUUUUUUAGUUGCCCUGGAGUCUGAACGUCGGACCGAGUCGACGAGGCCGUUGUUGUUUGUGGCGCACAGCCUUGGAGGGAUCAUUGUCAAGAAGAUGCUUCUGCUGUCGAGGGAUUGUCACCAGGCUCACUUUGGUCGUAUACUCGAGUCCACGGCCGGCAUAAUAUUCUUUGGUACGCCGCACGCUGGUGCCGAUCCUCGCGGCUUUCGCCAUCACAUUGCUGAACGGCUAGCCAAUGUCGUUGGCGUCUCCGCGAAUGAGCAAAUCGUUCAGGCUCUAUUGCCGUCUUCCGAAAUCCUCAAAGACUUGAGGGAUAGAUUCGGCCCCAUGGCUCAGGGCCAUAAUUGGAUAAUACACUCCUUUCAAGAAGAGGUUGGUAUUGGGCUCCUCUCUGGACAAAAGGUUGUUCAUGAUACCUCAUCCUGCCUCAAUAUUGCAGCCGAGACAGUGGAGCAUAUUGGGCGGGACCAUAUGGAAAUGUGUCGAUUUCCGGGACUCGAUGACGUCGAGUACAAAAAGGUUGCUGCUGCUCUACGCAGGAUAGCAACCACGGCACCAAGGCAAUCGACGGAAGGGAAGACGUUGAUAUUGGAUGAAAGUCAGAAACGCACUUUGUUGGAAUCUUUGAGAUUUGACCAGAUCGACGCUCGCCAACUGACCAUCAAGAGAGCACACAUCAAGACAUGCACAUGGCUACUACAAAAGUCCGAGUACCUCGACUGGCUCGACCCCACCAAGCUCGGUGAGCACCACGGCUUCUUGUGGAUCAAGGGGAAACCUGGGGCAGGGAAGUCGACAUUGAUGAAGUUUGCCGUAGCUAGUGCGCGGAGAAAGAUGAAGGAAACGACCAUCAUCUCCUUCUUCUUCAACGCACGAGGCGACGAACUGGAGAAGUCUACGACUGGGAUGUACCGAUCACUGCUACUACAGCUUCUUGAGCGGUAUCCAGCACUUCAGGAUGUGUUUGACACUCUCGGACUGGUAUCGUGGAAUGGUGCAUGCCUCAAAUGGACCGUCGAAUCGCUUAAGGCGCUCUUUGAACAAGCUGUGCUAGGUCUUGGAAAGUCACCGUUGGCGUGCUUUAUUGACGCUCUAGAUGAGUGCGACGAGUAUCAGAUUCGAGAUAUGCUAUCGUUUUUCGAGCAUGUUGGCGAAAUGGCCGUACAAGCUGAGAUUCGAUUUCAAGUCUUGUUUUCGAGUCGCUACUACCCGCAUAUUUCUAUUGCGAAAGGUCUGGAAUUUGCCCUCGAAAGACAAGAAGAGCACGUGAAGGAUAUAAUCGACUAUCUGGACAGCGAGCUGAAUAUUGGGCACAGCAAGCAUGCAGAAACGAUUCGUCAUGAUCUUCGAGAAAAGGCAGCUGGGGUGUUCAUGUGGGUUGUUCUUGUGGUGGAGAUUCUGAACAAAGAGUAUGACGGCGGCCGCAUUCAUGCACUCCAGAAAAGACUCCGGGAUAUCCCUAGAGACCUGCACGAGCUGUUCCGCGAAAUUUUGACGCGUGACCAGCACAACAAAGGCGAGCUGCUUCUGUGUAUUCAGUGGGUUCUCUUCGCACGACAGCCACUAAAGCCAGAAGAGUUAUAUUUCGCCGUCCUCUCCGGUAUCGAACCUGGGGCUCUAUUUGAGUGGGAUCCCGAGGAGAUUACAGAAAUUACUGUCAAAAAAUUCAUCCUCAACUCCUCCAAAGGUCUUGCCGAAAUUACCAAGUCCAAACCUCCGACUGUGCAAUUUAUCCACGAGUCUGUGAGGGAUUUUCUCCUAAAAGGAGAUGGACUGAAGGGGAUCUGGCCAGAAUUUAAAGACUUCCGGGGAGAAAGCCAUGAGCGACUGAAACAGUGUUGCCUCGCGCAAAUUAACGCCAAGGCUAUUACCUCUCUGAAUCUCACCAAUCCUCUCCCCAAAGCAACAUCGCAGGAAGCCGUGGAGCUCCGCCGGUCGGCAGCUCGGAAGUUUCCCUUUCUUGAGUAUACCGUCAGGAAUGUCUUAUUUCACGCAGAUGUAGCGGCGGGGAGCGGCAUCAACCAGAAUGAGUUUCUCCGAGACUUUCAGCUCCCUGUAUGGAUCGAUUUCGAUAACCUAUUCGAAAAACACAACAUACGUCGACACACCUCAAAUGCGAGCCUUUUAUACAUACUGGCAGAGCAUAACAUAGGAAACCUAAUCACAAGCUAUCCCUCCAACCUAACCUACUUUGAGGUGGGAGAGGAGCGGUAUGGGCCACCAUUCUUUGCAGCAGUGGCCACCAAUAGUGAUGAAGCAGUGCGGGCACUUUUAAUGGCCCAGCUAGGAAUCCAGCUUCCAGCAUCUCUGCUUCAUCGCACAUUGGAGAGCUAUUGUGAAGACAAGGAUAAAUGGAUCAAGCUCGGACGUGACUUUAUUUUUCAUCCGCGAAGAGGUAUUCUCUCUUACAUCGUGGAGCAAGGGGACGAAAUAUUG